GCGCCGUUUAUCGGCGCGCCCGGGAACGACGCGAUAAGCGCCGGUCGGUCCGCGCCCCAUGUGCGAUACGCGCACAGGCAUGUAGGUUAGAGAACGAGCGGUUCAACCUCAUGUUGCAGCACGAAAGGACUCGAAACUCAAGAGACAGCCAACGACUCUCCUUCGGAUAUGGUAAGCGUGUUCUGUGAUGCCAGUGAGAAAGGCUACGAGGUUUCGGCCUCUGCUCCUCGCGUGACAUCUCAAUGCAACCUGCAACGCGACGCCGACGACGAAGAAGACUCGCCGGCGGCGAGACCACCGGCCGAAGCGGUCGUGAGCCGGCGCCCACGUCUCAGCGUAAGGUACUGCAGGCGGUGCCACGGCAGCCGAGCCAGCCGGCGCGCCCGGAAGCCCAAGAGACGCGCCCGUGGGCGACAGCGAUGGGAUGAGCAGGUACCGAUGGUGGCGGCCAGCGCUCUGCUGAUGGUGCUGUGCGCGGCGGUGGCGGCCGCGGUGGCCGCCACCGUGGACGGCGUGCUCGUUCUGGGACGCGAUGGUCUAUGGCACAGCGACGAGCCGGUGUCCGUGGGUCAGCAGACUUCGCUGCUCCUGCUUGGCUCGGAUCUGGACCGCGAGCGCGUGAGUUUCACGCCUCGCGACGCCGAGCGCGGAAGCAACUGCGACCAUGCGUCCGCGCUGCAGCCGUCCUCCACGGACGGGAACGGUUCCACCACGGUCGUGCUGCCGUGGCGGGGCCGCUGGUUUCUCUGCCUGCGAAAGGGCGAGAACUGGGUGCACCAGGGACCUGCUGUCAGCUUGACUGCCACAGGUGACCAGGACGUGGCCGUGGUUUCGGGCGUGCGCGGUGGCGGUGAGACGGUGUCCACCAGCAAGGACGGCUUCAUGGUGCUACCUGUGGGCGAGGAGGUGCCGCUCCUGCUGCUGGGCUCCAACUUUUCCGAGCGCACGCGCGUCACGCUUACCACGGAGAAAGCGACCCGCGGAGUGCUGUGCCGCGAGCAGGUGCUCAUCGACACUUGGGAGAUGCGGCCCCUGCACGGCGGCCUGGCCGCGCGCGUCACCCUCAAGCUUCCCCAUGCGGGCGAGUACCACCUGUGCGUGUCACUUUCCGGCCGCUGGGUGCACCAGGGCAGCGACCCGCUCGUCACGCUCGAGGGCGAGACAGCGUUCGUGCCUGUCUGGGCCAACCUCGUGCUCAUCGGCACUCUGCUUGUCUGGUCCGGUCUCUUCAGCGGGCUCACGCUGGGUCUCAUGGCGCUCGACAAAACCGAGCUAAAGGUCAUCGAGUCGUGUGGCACUCCCGAGGAACGGGACUACGCGCGCAAAAUACUACCGCUGCGGCGUCGCGGAAAUUACCUGCUCUGCACCCUUGUGCUCGGCAACGUGUGCGUCAACAGCAGUUUCACCAUCCUUCUGGACGGGAUGCUGAGCUCCGGCCCCGUGGCAGUGCUCCUAUCCACCUUAGGCAUUGUUUUGUUGGGAGAAAUCAUCCCGCAGGCCAUCUGCUCCAGAUACGGACUUGCCAUUGGCGCGCGGACGAUACUGAUAACCAAAUUGUUUAUGAUAAUCACGUUUCCGCUUUCGUGGCCAAUCUCCAAGCUGCUGGACUGUGUGCUCGGCGAGGAGAUCGGUAAUGUCUUCGACCGCGAGAAACUUACCGAAUACCUUCGAAUCACCAAGGACUACGCGCAACUCGAGAACGAAGAGCUUAACAUCAUCUUCGGUGCUCUGGAGCUGACAAAGAAAACGGCGGCUGACAUCAUGACGCGCAUCGAGGACGUGUACAUGCUUCCGUAUGAUGCUGUGCUCGACUUCGAGACCAUGAGUGAAAUCGUCAAGCGUGGCUACACGCGCAUCCCCGUCUACGAAGGCACCAAGCAGAGCAUUGUGUCCCUCCUCAACACCAAGGACCUGACGUUCGUGGACCCCGACGACGCCAUCCCGCUGGCUACUGUAUGCAGCUUCUACAAGCACCCACUCAGCUUCGUGUUCGAGGACGAGACCCUCGACUCGCUUCUGCGCGAGUUCAAGAAGGGCCACUCGCACAUGGCAUUCGUGCGACAGGUGGUGCAGAGUGAAAACCGCGACCCUUCUUACCACGUGACGGGCCUGGUGACCCUCGAGGACGUCAUCGAGGAGAUCAUCCAGUCAGAAAUUAUCGACGAGACCGACGUCCUCACCGACAACCGGCGCAAGCAGCGGCGCAAGGACGCUCAGCUGCUGCAGGACUUCAGCGACUUCCUCAAGAUUGGUAGCGGCCAGCAAGGCAAGAAUGUGGUCUCGGCCCAGCUGGCCUUCGCCACGUUCCAGUUCCUGAGCACGGCCGUGCGCGCCUUCACGGCUGAGUACGUAACGCCCGCCGUGCUGCGCCGUCUCAUGGCGCAGAACCUGUUCUUCACGAUCAGGCCCUCCUCUGGAAAGAACAUCUUCGACGCGGGCAAGCCGUGCGACUUCUUCACCGUCGUCCUCGAGGGUCGCGUGCGCGUCACGGUCGGCAGGGAGAGCCUGGUGUUCGAGGCGGGGCCCUUCUCUUACUUUGGCCUGCCAGCGCUCACCCUCGAGAAGGGCGCUUUCGUGCCGGACUACACCGUCACGCCGCUCUCGUACGUGGUCUACAUGAAGGUCAGCCACAGCGUGUACGUGGCCGCCCUGCGCGCGUCGCGCCUGGCUAAGACGGAAGACCCAGCCGACAACGCGAACCUGCCAGAGUCCGUUGCCCACACCGAGGACCACAAGCACACGACAGCCAACUCGUCAGACGCCAAGCCAACGACGCCGGUGGCCGCGUGGUCCGAGCCGGCCAACGCGUGAGCCACGCCCCUUUAUUAAAUUUCUGCUUUCAGUGCUG